CAGAAACCUGCAGUUGGAUUUCAGGUGCAACUUCCAUACUGUUUCUAUGAGGAACAGAUUUCAGGUCCAACUUCCAUACUUGGUGCAUCUCAACGGUCUAUAUGAUGCACUACUUUGACCAGAGCCCCCAUAGUACACUAUAUAAAGUAGUGCAUCAUAAAGGGAAUAGGGUGCCAUUCGGUCUAUCCUUGGGGUCUAGUGUUCCAGUCAGUCAGAGUAGGUAUCUGAGACAGGAAGACUGAAUCAGAUCAGUCAUCCUCAUCUGUAGUCACUUAACAACAACCAGGGUCUCUGUGUUCCAAGGGUCUCUGUGUUCCAGGGUCUCUGUGUUCCAGGGUCUCUGUGUUCCAGGGUAUCUGUGUUCCAAGGUCUCUGUGUUCCAGGGUCUCUGUGUUCCAGGGUCUCUGUGUUCCGGUCAGAUCAUCACUACCACCACCUAGUCCUGUUCUGCUGGGACUACACACCUCUACAGGGAGAUGGAUGCUGAAGGAGUCAACAUGGAGAGGUUUCCUACAGGGAACAUGUAUAGCACUGUAGAAGAAGGAUUGAGACCUACUACCCCCAACUACGGCAAUGGAACCAAUGUCACCACUGAUUUCUACGGCAGCGCCGACUAUGACGAAGAGUACGGGGAUGAACGCUGCUCCAAGACAGACGUGGUCAGGUUCGGAGCCCUCGUCACACCCAUGGUCCUCUCCGUGGUCAUUGUGCUAAGCCUUGUGGGUAACCUGCUGGUGCUGGUGAUUCUGGCCAGGUACGAGCAUCUUCGGUCAUUGACAAAUGCGUUCAUGAUGAACCUGGCGUUGUCUGACCUGGUGUUCACCUGCGGCCUCCCCUUCUGGGUCUCCUAUCACCUGAUUGGCUGGAGCUACGGUGACCUCACGUGUAAGGCGGUUAGCUUCCUGUUCUAUGCUGGCUACUACAGCAGUGGCAUCUUCCUCAUCCUAAUGACGCUGCAUCGUUACCUGGCCGUGCUCCACCCCCUGUCUUACCUGGUGUCAGGCCCCUCCCACUCUCAGGGCACCUGGAGCGCUGUCGUAUCAUUGGUCGUCUGGACCGUCAGUCUGUUAGCUGCUAUGCCAGCUCUCAUCUUUACCAAGUUCAUCAUCACUGAUUCUACUGAUCUUAAAGGCCCUCUGGACCCUAACAACCCCGACCCUGAUGGGCCUAGUGACUCUAACGCCCCUAGUGGUGAACAGCGGUACUGUGAGGUUGCAGAUGUCAGCUGGAGGCUGUGGGGGGUCUACCAGCAGAACAUCCUGUUCAUAGUGACAUUAUUAGUGGUGUGUGUCUGUUACAGUCAGAUUCUAGUCCGCCUCCUGAGACCCAGGGUUAGAGUUAGACGCCAGAGGAACGGAGGAGACAGGAGGAGCCAGAGGACCGCCAGGCUGGUCUUCGGCCUGGUCCUGGUUUUCUUUGUGGGCUGGGCGCCGUACAAUGUGGUCAUCUUCCUCAGGACGCUGGUGUAUAAGAGUCAAGAUGGCGGCGGUGCUGAUUCAUCCACAACACAAUGGAACGAGUGUGUCACCAGCACCACGUUGGACUACUCCUUCUAUGUGACCAGGCUGCUGGCGUUCUCCUACUGCUGUCUCAACCCUUUGUUCUACGUGUUCGUUGGGGUCAAGUUCCGGAACCACCUGAAGAGAAUGUUGAAGGGUUGUUGUCAUGGUGCUACCGUUGUCAAUAACAACAACAACAGCAGUGUUCUGUACAGGAGCAGCAGACUGACAUCACAGUCCAGUGGGGAGGAGUUCUCACUUUAAAUAACAACACUGUAAACAACACCAACAAUAGCAGUAGUCUGUACAGGAGUAGCAGACGGACAUCACAGUCCAGGGGGAGGAGUCACUGUACUAGACAUCACUUUCAUACUAGAUAUUGUAGUAUUCUUUACCUCAUGAUAACUGGAGCAUUUCACUGGAUCUAUUUUCCAUUCAUAUUAUCCAUUUGCAGAUAAUGAUUGCAUUCCUCAAGACUAUUUGAGGUGUUUAUAUCAUAUCCCUUUAAUACCACGUUUAAUACCAUGUUUAAUACUAGGUUUAAUACCAUGUUUAAUACCACGUUUAAUACCACGUUUAAUACUAGGUUUAAUACCACGUUUAAUACCAUGUUGAAAACCAUGUUUAAGACCACGUUUAAUGCCACGUUUAAUACCACGUUUAAUACUAGGUUUAAUACCAUGUUUAAUACCAUGUUUAAUACUAGGUUUAAUACCAUGUUUAAUACCACGUUUAAUACUAGGUUUAAUACCAUGUUUAAUACCAUGUUUAAUACUAGGUUUAAUACCAUGUUUAAUACCAUGUUUAAUACUAGGUUUAAUACCAUGUUUAAUACCAUGUUUAAUACUAGGUUUAAUACUAGGUUUAAUACCAGGUUUAAUACCAGGUUUAAUACUAGGUUUAAUACCAGGUUUAAUACCAGGUUUAAUACCAUGUUUAAUACUAGGUUUAAUACCAUGUUUAAUACCAGGUUUAAUACCAUGUUUAAUACCAUGUUUAAUACCAGGUUUAAUACCAUGUUUAAUACCAUGUUUAAUACUAGGUUUAAUACCAUGUUUAAUACUAGGUUUAAUACCAUGUUUAAUACCAUGUUUAAUACUAGGUUUAAUACUAGGUUUAAUACCAGGUUUAAUACCAGGUUUAAUACUAGGUUUAAUGCCAGGUUUAAUACCAGGUUUAAUACCAUGUUUAAUACUAGGUUUAAUACCAUGUUUAAUACCAGGUUUAAUACCAUGUUUAAUACCAUGUUUAAUACCAUGUUUAAUACCAGGUUUAAUACCAUGUUUAAUACCAGGUUUAAUACCAGGUUUAAUACCAUGUUUAAUACCACGUUUAAUACCAGGUUUAAUACUAGGUUUAAUACCAUGUGUAAUACCAUGUUUAAUACCAUGUUUAAUACCAGGUUUAUUACCAGGUUUAAUAUCAGGUUGAAUACUAGGUUUAAUACCAGGUUUAAUACUAGGUUUAAUACCAUGUUUAAUACCAUGUUUAAUACUAGGUUUAAUACCAUGUUUAAUACUAGCUUUAAUACCAUGUUUAAUACCAUGUUUAAUACUAGCUUUAAUACCAUGUUUAA